UGGAAAAAUAAACAUGUGUAAAUAUUAAUAGUAGGGAUUAAACUACUAUUCUCGAUUGAACCGGUUCAAGAAAACCCUUUGUAGUAGUUUCCUUACUUAGUUACCUUUGUCUCUAGAACUUCCCCUUCCCGCCUCAACCAAAGUAAAAAACCCAUCAAACUCAGAGAGGAAGGAAGAAGAAAUGUGCGGAAGAACUCGUUGCAGUCUAAGAGCCGAUGACUUUCCGAGGGCCUGCCACCGUACCACCGCUCCUACUCGCCUUCUCCACAUUGACCGGUAUGUGCCGUCGCAUAAUGUGUCGCCGGGGUUCAACAUGCCUGUUGUUCGGAGAGAUGAAGCAGCCGGGAGUGAAGGUCAUGUUGUUCAUUGUAUGAAAUGGGGUUUAAUCCCCAGUUUCACUAAGAAAACAGACAAACCUGAUCACUACAAGAUGUUUAAUGCUCGAUCUGAAUCGAUUGACGAGAAAGCUUCAUUCCGUCGUUUGCUUCCUAAAAACAGAUGCCUUGUUGCAGUAGAAGGUUUUUAUGAGUGGAAAAAAGAUGGUUCAAAGAAACAGCCUUACUAUAUUCACUUCAAAGAUGGACGACCUCUUGUGUUUGCUGCUCUUUACGACUCAUGGCAAAAUUCUGAAGGUGAAAUACUAUACACAUUUACUAUUGUUACGACCUCUUCCUCUUCCGCUUUUCAGUGGCUUCAUGACAGGAUGCCUGUUAUUUUCGGAGACAAGAAUUCAACUGAUACCUGGCUAAGCAACGCUUCCGGUUUUAAGAGUGUGAUGAAGCCAUAUGAAGAAUCUGAUCUGGCGUGGUACCCUGUGACACCUGCCAUGGGCAAGCCAUCAUUUAAUGGACCUGAGUGUAUAAAGGAGAUUCAAGUAAAGACAGAAGGAAACACUCCAAUAUCUAAGUUCUUUUCAAGAAAGGUGGCUGAAGAUGAAGACACAAAGCCAGAGCAUAAAAUACCAAGUCAUGAACCUGUGAAGACCGAACAAACAAAAGACCUCAUCGAAGAAGCUAAAACAGAGGAGGGUGAAAUUGACUUAAAAUUUAGUGGUUCUCCCCCUUCUCAAAAUGUAACCAAGUUCCCAAUCAAGCGUGAAUAUGAUUCUAUUUCAUCAGAUUUGAAACCGUCUUUAGCAAAUAAUGAUAAGUCGGGUGCAAACCCGGCAAAGAAACAGGAAAAGUCAAAGACAGCUGAUGAUAAACAACCAACGUUAUUUUCCUACUUUGGAAAAAAGUAAUAUCUAACAAGGUUUGAAGGCAGCUGAUGAUAAACAACCAACCAUAUUUUACUAUUUUGGAAAAAGGUAAUAUCUAACAAGUUUUUGAUGUAGCUCGAACUUAAAGAUUACUAAUUUGUAAUGUUAUGUAUUUGUGUAAAUUAUGUAGAACCGUUUUCUUGUAGCUGUUGCAUCUCCCAUCUAGAUCAGGUCAUAUCCAGUAAACUACAAUGUCUAGUCUGGCAAGGUCUCUAUAGCCAAUGGCUUAUGUUUGUUUUCAGUAUUUUAUGAAUGCGCUGCAGAUGAUUGUUGUCUA